AUGGGCGCGUCUCAGUCCUCGCCCCAACCCCCCGACGAAAAGGUCUUCGCCGCGGAGACCCCCAUCCAGUUCUCGCAGGACGUCGUGAACCAGCUGUCCGACCACCUUGCCUCGCCCGACCCGCCGCCGGAGCGCCAGUCCUCCAUCGACGCGCACGUCCGCUCGCGCAUCCACGCCGAGCUCGCGCGCCUCCGCGACGAGGAGGCGCAGGUCAAGGCGGAGAUCGAGCGUGCGCUGGAGAAGGAGAACCUCGACCGCGAGCGCGAGAUGGCCGGCGCGGCGAGCGCGGAGGAGGACGGCGCGGCGGCAGGCAGCGUGAAGAGCAGCGCGGCGCUGAUGGGCGACCUGGAGGAGCUGCGGCAGAAAGUGGAGCGGCAUCAUGCGCGGCAUGAGGAGCAGGACUACUCGACGGUGCAGGCCAAGGGAGAUGCAGUCGUCUCGUGCUACAAAAACCACCCGACGACGCCUCUUGAGUGCUGGCGGGAAGUCAGCGAGUUUAAAGCUUCGGUCUCACAGAUCGAGGAGCAAUACGUGCAUUCAUUGCGGUAG